AUGGCGGCAUUAGCAAAGACAGCAGAAACUACAGAGGAAGCUACAGAAGCUGCAACAGAGGCAGCAGCAGGUGCAGGAAGAGCUUUUGCAUCACUACAAGCGGCAUUAGCAGAAGCUAAAAAUCUAACAGGUGCCACAAACCCAGAAACACCAGCAAUGCAGCUCGCAAAUGCAGCAUCCGAAAAAGCAGCAGAAGCCUUGGAAACUGCUGCAAACCCAACCACCGAGGAAACAGUAGCUGAAGCACUUGAGACAGCUAAGGUAGCCGCAAACACAGCGGCUGCAGCAGCAGCAGCGGUUUCUGGAUCAACAACUCAAAAGCCUACAACUCUGGCACCAACUACAAUGAAAGCAUCAACCAUAGGAACAGCAGAAGCAGUGAAAGCAGCAAGUGCAAAGGCAGCCACCACGGCAUCAGCUAUAGCAGCAGCAGCAUCAGCAACAGCAGCAACAGCAGCAGCAGCCACUACUGGACCCGCCUCUGCAGCAGCAGCUGAAGCUGCACAAGCUGCAGCUAAGGCAGCACAAGAAGCAGCCACAGCUGCUGCAGCAGUAAUCAAUGGAUCCUUAUCACCAGAACUAGCAGCAGACCUAGCAAAGAAAGCAACAGAAGCAGCCAAAAUAGCAAUAAGUGCAGCGCAGAAAGCAAUUGAGACAGCACCAACAUUAUCGGCAGAGGUAGCAGAGAGAAUUGCAGAGGCAUUAUCAAAUGUAUCAGUUGCAGCAGAUAAGGCAGCAGAGGCAGCAGAUAUGGCGGCAUUAGCAAAGACAGCAGAAACUGCAGAGGAAGCUACAGAAGCUGCAACAGAGGCAGCAGCAGGUGCAGGAAGAGCUUUUGCAUCACUACAAGCGGCAUUAGCAGAAGCUAAAAAUCAAACAGGUGCCACAAACCCAGAAACACCAGCAAUGCAGCUCGCAAAUGCAGCAUCCGAAAAAGCAGCAGAAGCCUUGGAAACUGCUGCAAACCCAACCACCGAGGAAACAGUAGCUGAAGCACUUGAGACAGCUAAGGUAGCCGCAGACACAGCGGCUGCAGCAGCAGCAGCGGUUUCUGGAUCAACAACUCAAAAGCCUACAACUCUGGCACCAACUACAAUGAAAGCAUCAACCAUAGGAACAGCAGAAGCAGUGAAAGCAGCAAGUGCAAAGGCAGCCACCACGGCAUCAGCUAUAGCAGCAGCAGCAUCAGCAACAGCAGCAACAGCAGCAGCAGCCACUACUGGACCCGCCUCUGCAGCAGCAGCUGAAGCUGCACAAGCUGCAGCUAAGGCAGCACAAGAAGCAGCCACAGCUGCUGCAGCAGUAAUCAAUGGAUCCUUAUCACCAGAACUAGCAGCAGACCUAGCAAAGAAAGCAACAGAAGCAGCCAAAAUAGCAAUAAGUGCAGCGCAGAAAGCAAUUGAAACAGCACCAGAAUUGUCAGCAGAGGUAGCAGAGAGAAUUGCAGAGGCAUCAUCAAAUGUAUCAGUUGCAGCAGAUAAGGCAGCAGAGGCAGCAGAUAUGGCGGCAUUAGCAAAGACAGCAGAAACUGCAGAGGAAGCUACAGAAGCUGCAACAGAGGCAGCAGCAGGUGCAGGAAGAGCUUUUGCAGCACUACGAGCAGCAUUAGCAGAAGCUAAAGAACAAACAGGUGCCACAAACCCAGAAACACCAGCAAUGCAGCUCGCAAAUGCAGCAUCCGAAAAAGCAGCAGAAGCCUUGUUAACUGCUGCAAACCCAACCACCGAGGAAACAGUAGCUGAAGCACUUGAGACAGCUAAGGUAGCCGCAGACACAGCGGCUGCAGCAGCAGCAGCGGUUUCUGGAUCAACAACUCAAAAACCUACAACUCUGGCACCAACUACAAUGAAACCGACAAAAAGAGCAUCCUCGGAAGCAGUAAAAGCUGCUAGUGCAACAGCAGCAGCGACAGCCGCAGCGAUAGCCUCAACAGCAGCAGCAACAGCAGCAGCAACAGCAGUAGCAGCCACUACUGGACCCGCCUCUGCAGCAGCAGCUGAAGCUGCACAAGCUGCAGCUAAGGCAGCACAAGAAGCAGCCACAGCUGCUGCAGCAGUAAUCAAUGGAUCCUUAUCACCAGAACUAGCAGCAGACCUAGCAAAGAAAGCAACAGAAGCAGCCAAAUUGGCAAUAAGUGCAGCGCAGAAAGCAAUUGAGACAGCACCAACAUUAUCAGCAGAGGUAGCAGUGAGAAUUACAGAGGCAUUAUCAAAUGUAUCAGUUGCAGCAGAUAAGGCAGCAGAGGCAGCAGAUAUGGCGGCAUUAGCAAAGACAGCAGAAACUGCAGAGGAAGCUACAGAAGCUGCAACAGAGGCAGCAGCAGGUGCAGGAAGAGCUUUAGCAGCACUACGAGCAGCAUUAACAGAAGCUAAAAACAAAACAAGUGCAGCAAACCCAGAAACAGCAAUAAUGCAACUAACAAUUGUAGCAGCUGAAAAAGCAACGAAAAUGGCUGAGUUAACAGCAGCUAAAGCAAAAACGGUAGCAGAAGAUGCAGCAGCUUCUUUACAUGCAACAACUGAAGAAAUUGAAGCUGAAAAGGCAACAGAAGCAUUUCAAGCGGCUAAGGAAGCGACAGAAGCAGCAAAGGCAGCUGCUGUUGCAGGAAAAGCAGCAGCAGCAACUGCCGCAGCGUAUGUUGCUGCUGCCGAAGACACAACACCAGUCACUGAUGGAGAUUCCACAACAAAAGCACCACUACCUACAGCCGCAGCAGCAGCAACAGCUAUAGCCACAGCAGCAACAUCUGCAGCAACAGCAGUGGCAGCAGCAGCAGCAGCAAUAACAGCAGCCACUGCAGGGAAAACACCAACAACUGCAAAUAAUGCUGCAUCCGCUGCAAUAAGAGCAGCUGAUUAUGCCGCAGCAUUAUCAGAAGGAAAGGUUUCCCCAGAAGUGGCAGCAGAAGCAGCAGUAGUCGCCACCACUCACAGAGGAACAAUGGCAAACAGCAGCCACAGUUUCAACUUCCACUGCAGCAGCAGCAGCAGCAACAGCAUUGGCAGCCUCAACAGCAGCAGCAGCCGGAGAAACAAAAUCAGAAGCAGUAGAAAAUGCUGUAAGAGCUGCACAAAUAGCUGCAAGAGCUGCAACACAAGUGGCAGCUGGAGAAGCACCACCAUCAGUGGCAGCACUAGCAGCAAGAAACGCAGCAGACGCCGCAGCUCUAUUAGCAAUUGA